UCUCUUCUCUCGUCAGGCUUCGGGAGAAUAAUCUCGCUCGCUCGCUCUCUCUCUCUCUCUCUGGAAACACCCGAGUUCAGAAGAUAUUUUAUGGAUAAAAGAUGCAGAAGGGGAAUUGCUUCGUCCUUCGAAUCGGUGGUUGUUGGAUUGGCCGGAGAGAAGCGCAGAUUUCAGAUGCCGUCUUGCUUCUUUGAUUUCAAUCGAUUGACUCCUUGGUUUCGUUUCUUUAUUAGUCUCCCCAAAUAACCUUGAUUUCAUUCAUCCCUUCUCUGAAUUCCAAGCAAAUUCAAUCAGGUUUAUUCAGUGUUUCCUCUCACCUUUCAGUCAAGUUAUACAAAUCUGAAAGAGAGAGUGAGGGGGUCAUAUUUAAGAAAUGGUGCGUGAAACAGCAUGAGUAGUCCUCGUGGCAGCUCCUCCUACAGAAAGAUGUCCUGGACAAGGGGUAAAGAUAAGUCAUCUGGCUGGGCUGCCUUUGAUCGUAAACAAAGACAGAAACAGGGUCUUCUACCUGAAAUUAAAGAGGACCCCUUUCCACCCAUAUCUGGAAGUCAGACUGCACUACGUAAAGGUGAAAACUUGACAAAAAGUAAUAAACUUUCAGCGAGGGCUUUCUCCUCAGUGGUUAUACCAACCGUCAAUUUUCCAGAUUUGAGAGAUAAUAAGGAUUUUCUUAGGCCAAUACAAGAUGGAAAUUCUAGUGAAAAGCGUGGUCAGGAACUGGUUGAGGGAAAUAAUUAUGAUUUAGUACUGAAGAAGCUCAAGGAGCUGCAUUCCUGGGCUGAUAAUAGCUUGAUAGAAGAUGUCUUAUUGGCUGUGGAUAAUGAUUUUGAAAAGGCCUUAACUUUAUUGCAAGGAAUGGUUUCCACAAGUGGCACUGGAGAGAAGGAAGCAAAAGAUAAAGAGCAGAGUUCCACUGUUACUGGUUUUCCGUCCAAGAUCAGAUGUAACAAACAUAUCCCACUAGGAAAUGUUGCCGAGCAUGUUGACCAGAACUCUAAAUUUUUGGAAAACAAUGACAAUGUCAAAGAAUUGACAAAUAUAGAUGCAUCUUCUGGAAAUAAGUUUUCUGAUGAUGACGAUGCUAACAUGAAUCUGGUUCUCAGACAGUUGGCAUCUAUUCCUGUUGAGCCUGAAUGGGAAGAAGAUGACAUUUACUUGAGCCAUCGAAAGGAUGCAAUAAAGAUGAUGAGGUCAGCAUCUCAUCACUCUAGGGCAGCCACUAAUGCAUUUCUAAGAGGUGAUCAUUUAUCUGCCCAACAACACUCCCUGAAGGCUAGAGAAGAAUGGUUAGCUGCUCAAAAGCUUAACUCUGAGGCAGCCAGAGAAAUCUUAAGCAUCAGAAAUAGUGAGAACAACAUAUGGAAGUUGGAUUUACAUGGCCUACAUGCAGCAGAAGCAGUACAAGCCUUGCAAGAUCAUUUAAGAAAACUUGAGACCCAUGUCUCAAUAAGUCGGUCAGUGUCUCCAAAAAGAAUCAGAUAUGAAAAUGGAAUCGCACAUUCUCCAUCAGUUGAGAAAUUAAGUUGCUUGGAGAAGGACAAUUUGGAUAAUCAACGGAAAUCUUUAAGAGAGAGACCCACAUCACUGCAAGUCAUAACAGGCAUAGGUAAUCAUAGUCGUGGACAAGCUGCACUCCCAGCUGCAGUAAAAACUUUCCUCAUCGAGAACAGAUAUCGGUUUGAUGAGGCCAGGCCUGGGGUGAUUACAGUUCGUCCCAAAUUUCGCCAUGGUUCAACUUCGACAAGCUGAUUGCUGCAGGGACAGAAAUAAGUCCUGUUGUUGUAGAUUAAUUUAUGUCGCUCAUUUGUUUAUGGAUUUAUUUCUAGAAUCACCUCUGCUGACUGCUGCUGAUAUUGUUUAUUUUUAUUCCACUUCACUUCAAAUACUUUACAAACACCAAUGCAUGGAAAGGAAUCAUUUUAAAUCAUUAAAUGAGGGUAUGGCUU